AUGGCGGAUGAAAGAAAUUUUCGCUCCUCAUACUAUGAAAAAGUGGGCUGCCGUGGUGUAGAGGAAAAGAAAUCCCUUGAAAUACUUAUGAAGGAAAAGCCAUGGGAUAGGGUAAAGUUAAAACAAUUUUGCCUACGUUUUAUGGUGCCAGCUGCUUAUAGGAACUUGGUGUGGAAAGUAUUAUUAGAUAUUCUACCCGUUUAUGCGGAGUCACAUAAGUUUGUAAUGGAACAGAGAAAAAAACAAUAUGGUGAUUUACUGUAUGCAGUGGACAUGCUGGAACUUGUUGACAUGAGUGCGCCAAGGACACAAAUCCUGCUUGCAAUGUGGCUGUUAGAGAAUGAGGAGAGAAAACCGCCUUUGUUUCCCGAAACCAAUUUUAAUUCUGCAGAUACUUUCAUUCCGAUAGCGAAAACUCUGGUUGAGCUGUAUGAUAAUGAGGUUGAUGUCUACUGGAUAUGUAAGAGCCUGACGGAAAUUGUAAGGGGCAUGCAGAAAGACGUACUGAAAUUAAAAGAGGGCUUUCAGAGCAUGCUUGAAAAGGAAGAUGUUGAGCUUUUCAACCAUCUUGUGGAAAUUAAUGCAUUAGAUGUGUUGCCACUAACGAAAUGGUUCAAUUGCUGCUUUGCUGGAGUGCUUGAUGACACAUCACUUCCUAAGAUCUGGGACAAGGUGUGCAGCGGUGCCCCCAAGAUCCUGUCGUUUGUUGCAGUGAUGCUGGUGAUUACUCUACGCCGCAGCAUAUUGAAGGCGGCGAACGGUGAUGAGGUGCUUAAAUGCGUUCUAGAGAUACCAGAACAGUGUGAGGAGGUUGUCGCGAAUAAAGCGAUAGAGCUGUGGCAAUAUGGCGCCCAACCACAAAGCGACCAGCUCGCGAAGAAA